UUUGUGCACGUACCUUCUCUAAUUCACACUCUGUUUCUCUUUAUUUUUUUUUCACUCUUCUUGGUACCUUGAUUGGCAAUACCUGUUUCAAUCCUUCUCUUUUUCCCUGGAGCUUUCUGCUACCCCAGGUUCAAUGGCAGAUGAAAUAGUUAAUGUGAACGAGUUCCAAGUAUUGGCUAGGCAAGCCCUUCCAAAAAUGUACUAUGACUUCUAUGCUGGAGGAGCAGAGGAUGAGCACACAUUAAAGAAGAACGUGCAAGAAUUUCAGAGAAUCAUAUUGCUGCCUAGAGUUCUUGUGGAUGUGAGCAGCAUAGCUUUGUCUACUAAUAUAUUGGGCUACACUAUCUCGGCGCCGAUUAUGAUAGCCCCGACUGCUAUGCAUAAGCUAGCACAUCCUGAAGGAGAGCUUGCCACUGCCAGAGCAGCUGCUGCAUGUAAUACUAUAAUGACUUUAUCCUUCACAGCUUCCUGCAGCGUGGAGGAGGUUGCUGCCAGCUGCGAUGCUGUUCGAUUCUUUCAAUUAUACGUAUGCAAAAGACGAGAUAUAGCUGUUAACCUUGUGCAGAGAGCUGAAAAGAGUGGAUAUAAGGCUAUCGUCCUAACAGCUGACACUCCAAGACUAGGUCGAAGGGAGGCAGACAUAAAGAAUAAGAUGAUUUUGCCCCAGCUGAAGAAUUUGGAAGGUCUAAUGUCAAUUGAAGUAUUCUCUGAUAAAGGUUCGAACAUAAAACCAAACACCAAUGAAAUCUUCGAUCCUUCUUUGUGUUGGAGGGAUAUAGCAUGGCUAAAAUACAUUACAAACUUGCCUAUUCUGAUCAAGGGAAUACUCACUCGCGAGGAUGCCAUUAAGGCCAUGGAAGUAGGUGCUGCUGGAAUUAUCGUCUCCAAUCAUGGAGCUCGUCAGCUUGAUUAUACUCCAGCCACAAUCUCAGUUCUGGAAGAGGUGGUUCAAGCCGUAGGAAGGAGAGUUCCUGUUCUCCUUGAUGGAGGAGUACGGCGAGGAACAGAUGUUUUCAAGGCGCUGGCCCUUGGUGCGCAAGCAGUUCUUGUUGGGAGGCCAGUUAUUUAUGGGCUAGCGGCAAAGGGAGAAGCAGGGGUGAGAAAGGUGAUGCAGAUGCUGAAGGACGAGCUUGAGCUCACCAUGGCCCUCGCAGGCUGCCCUAGUGUGGAAGACAUUAGCAGGGGCCAUGUAAGGACUGACCGCGACAGGCUCCAAUCAAUGCUGUAAAAUUGUCUUAAAAUCACUAGCUAAUUAAUGUCCUAGAUGUAUGGGUGACACCCAUCUUUCUCAGGAACUGGAUUGAUAAUUGUAAUCCUUAAAUAUGUAUCAAAUCAAAUGAAUUAGUACUCUUAAACAAGGGGUGUUGAUUUGUCGGAACUUGAGAUCAGAAGCAUGGGUGCCCAUUUGCCCGUAAAAACACCAAGUUCUAGACUCAGAGGUGCUGGAAACUAGGCCGUCCUAAUAAAUCUUUCCAGUAUAUGCUUA